GCGUCCGUUAUACGCCUUUCGUGCACCGCAAGACCACGUGGUACCACUCGCUUCAAUUCCCGCCGGCGCGCGCUAAUCUUCGAAGUUGACUUCACGCGUGUCCCUCAAUUGAGUUUCGUGUUCGCGAUUACACCAUUCCUCGUGGAUAAAAGAAAUCAUUGACGAUAAGAGAACAUCGCAGGUAAAUCUAUCAAAAUUCGAGUUCUCGACGAGUGCGAGUAGACAUGCCAACGAGGAGCGGCUAUUGAUCCCCCGUGUUCCCGUACUUCCCGUCCACGUUCGUAAGUGCGUGCCAGUGCGGUGAUAUGUCCAGAAGGAAGCAAGCAAAACCUCGAUCUCUCAAACGGGACGAAGAGUGGGACGACGAUAACGAGCAGAAUGUCCUGGAGGCGGCCGAACAGGAUAACGAAACGACGACGAUUAAGCAGGAUGAUGAGGAAGAGGAAGAAGAAGAGGAGCUACAACGAGCGUUUAGCCGUCAGUCAGAAGAUUAUUUGCAGGAUGGCAGGUCAACUUCCGUCCAAGGCCCUGAUCUAGAAAAUCAGAAUAGUCUUGAUAGCGCAUUCGAACGGUGUCUCGAACAGAGAAAGAUUCCCGCUUCGACGUCGAAGGGAUAAGUAUAAAGUAGAAUUGACCUCAGAGGGAAACCAUCGCUUUUAUGCUCGAAGGGCCCGAGAGUUGCCUCGAAACAACUUCGAUGCAUUUAGGUCGAAGUGUUUUCAGUAUAUCCAAUUCUCUUUGCGAAUAUUUCAAGCAAGGUUGAAAGCUUCGGCGCAGAGAUG